GUCGGAAAGUCGGAGCUCCAGAAAGAUGACAGAGUAUCCGUCUUGAUAUUCCGAGUUGGAUGACCAUUAAAAAAAUGUUUCUCCGAGUUCCCGUUUGUCUUGAACACACUGAAGUCGGAAGUCAGAGAUUUCCGAGUUCCCAGUUGUUUUGAACGCGGCAUAGGAUGAGCCCAUGGCCAUAUCAAGACGUCAGAACUACAGUGAUAGCCGACGUUGCAGCCAUGGAGGAAGUAAGAGUAUUCCCGCUAUCCUGUGCAGUGCAGAACUAUGCAUGGGGGAAGGUCGGUCUGGACAGUGAGGUGGCCAAACUGGUUGUUGGUGGGGAUACCUCGGCUGUCAUUGAAGCUGACAAACAUUAUGCCGAGCUUUGGAUGGGCGCUCACCCCAAAGGAGACGCCCUCAUCAAGGACAACCGGAUAGCCCAGAGGACGCUCGGUCAGUGGAUUGCAGACUACCCAGCAUGCUUGGGGUCAAAGGUCAAAGACACCUUCCAGGGCCAGCUUCCCUUCCUCUUCAAGGUCCUGUCGGUCAACACCGCUCUGUCCAUACAGGCCCAUCCGAACAGGGAGUUGGCUGGACGGCUCCAUGCUCAGUUUCCAGAACAUUACCCUGACAACAACCACAAGCCUGAGAUGGCUGUCGCACUCACCCAUUUUGAAGGCCUCUGUGGCUUCAGACCCGUGGAAGAGAUCAUUGGCUUUCUCAAAUCCGUGCCAGAAUUCCACGCUCUUGUAGGGAAUGAGGCGGCAGAGGAGCUGGUGAGCAGUAUAGGGGAGGCGGGCCGCACCUCGCUGGCCCUGAAGAAGUGCUUCACCCGCAUGAUGAACUGUGAAAAGAAAGUGUUUGUGGACCAGCUCAACAUGCUGGUGAAAAGAGUCACUGAGGAAGCUGCUGCAGGGAAGGACACAUCGGGCAGUAACAGUGAACUGUUGCUCCGGCUCCACUCCCAGUAUCCGGGUGACAUCGGCUGUUUUUCCAUCUACUUCCUAAACCGCAUGGUGCUGGAGCCAGGCGACGCCAUGUUUCUGGGUGCCAAUGAACCACACGCGUACCUCAAUGGAGACUGCAUCGAGUGCAUGGCCUGCUCGGACAACACGGUGCGCGCCGGCCUGACGCCCAAGUUCAUCGACGUCAACACCCUGUGUGAGAUGCUGGACUACAGCCCCGCUCCAGCCAGCGCCAAGAUCUUCCCCUCCAUACAGGACCCCUCAGACCCCUUUGUCUACCUCUAUGACCCCCCUGUCCCUGACUUCACUGUCAUGAGGAUACAGGUGCCAGCCUCAGUCAGACAGUACACGGUGGCCCCGGUGGACUGUGCGGGCAUCCUGCUGGUGAUUGAGGGCGAGGCCACCGGCACCUCCGCCGCUGCCCUCUCUGACAUCACCCUGAGCCGGGGCACCGUCCUCUUCAUCUCAGCCAAUGAGAGCGUCUCCCUUCACGUCACCUCCCCCUCCGGAAUGACCAUGUACCGGGCCUGCAGUCUCCUGUAGCCCCAGGUCUUCUGAUAAUGUUUCCUACCAACGUCAACCCAACCUGUGGUUCUGUGUCAUUCGUCAUGCCAGGGUGUUCCCUGACAUAAGGCCAGUAGUGAUAGGCUACUAACAGUUUUAACCGUAGUCUAUGUGCAGUUCCAUUCAUUUUUCUCAGACAAUCGCCCUGACAGGUCCAGGAACAUGCACAGCUAGUGUGUACUUGCUGUGGUCCUUCUUAUUCGGCCCAUGUUUCUGUGACGGUUUAUACAGUAUCGAGGCAGUGAUUAUGGAGUUUUCAUUGGUACAGUAUGCCUCAGCUCACAUCUCGCUGUAAGUGUCACAUACUCUGUUAUUGCUGCUGAUUUUAAUUGAGCAUGUUGUAAUUAAUUACCUCAUAAGCAAUCAUUUAUUUUAUUUUUAGUGGGGGAAUUCUUCUGUUCAAUAUUAGUGCUGUUAAGACGAUGCAUCAUAACAAAAACAUAGUAUUUAAAAAAUAUAUAUCAGCUGUAUUGGGAACAUUUGGCAUUUACAGUAUGCUGAGGUUCCUGUGCAUGUUUGCGGAACAAAGGCACCUGCCAUUCACACAUGCAUACAUAGCUGCCUGCUGCAUACAUAGCUGCCUGCUGCAUACAUAGUGUACAUACAAAUAGAGCAUAUAGUAAGAAUGCAUAGCUACUGUAUGGGGAGACCUUUUUUCAGCUGGACCGCCAACAUUGAAGUUGGUUCAGUUGACAAAUGUUUGCACUAGGGCCGUGGCAUUUAGUGAUCCAAAAUGUCUGCCGUAAGGCUGAAGCAGCAUGUGACCAUGCAAUUCAACUCACGCAUCCAACAGAAGAAAUGCAUUCAGUAGUAGUCUGGACUGAAGGUGGCUUGUGAGCUGUACUGUGUCAAUGGUAACACCUCACACAGUGUUACAGGAUACAAAGUUGGUGUUUUAGAUGGACUGCAUUGCAGUUGGUGACUGUAGACUGCCGAAUCAUCUUGCAUCCUAAAUGACUACUGAUUAUAAUUUGUAUAUCAGUCUAGUCGUAAACUGCAAUGUAGUCUCUCAAACACGCAAAAUAGAUUUCCCCAAAGGUAAAAAAAGUGACAUUUUGUAUGCUAUAGUUUGUUGUUCCAAGACUGUUAGUCACUUUGAAUGAAGCUCUGUUGGGUCAGGCAUGUCUGCUGGUUGGUGUUCGUUAGAGCACAUUGUAGCAAAACGAAAAGUUUCAAGAUUUCCUAUUGGAGAAGUACUGAUUUGUACCUCCCCAUUAAUGUUUUCUUCCGUUUUGUGCUUAAUGAACACGGCUCUGGUGCUUUCAAUUGAACAGCGAUGAUCCACUUAAGAUUUGUGAAUGAAGGACGGGAACAUUGAGAGCAAACGAUAACUUAUUAAGAAGUAAUUUGUUCUGAACUUGUUUUUAUUCCAACUGGUUUUGUCCAGGAUAUUUUAAUUUACAUGGAACUGUUUGUACAAUAGUUAAAAAAAAAAUAUAUAUAUAUAUAUAUAUAUAUAUAUUACACACACAUACUACUGUAGGUUUGAUUGCAAACAAGUCUGAGAUUUAUGGGUUAAAAGUAUAACGGUUUUACUUUAACAUUAUGCGAAUGUUUCUUUCAAUAGAAGCUGGAAUGAGAGCAUGGUUUUGCAUUUGACUAUACUACAGUAGCAUGGAUCUCUACAGAGAGUGUCUGUAUGUAAACAAAAAUAAAAAAACAUUCUGUA